AGUAAACUGCACACAGCCAUUAUCACCCAGCAUACAGCGUAGCUCAUUUUUAACUGUGAUGUGCACUGAACAACAACCGAAUCGGGCGAAGAAUGGGUAUUUGUUUCAUCGCACAGAGUUUGCUUGGCCAGACCUAUUUGAAAACGGUGACGAAGUGAGUUGGUUUGGCCAAUAAUUCUUGAAAGUGUUGAAGACGGUCGAACCUGUGCUUACAGCAUUAAGGGAGUCAACGAUGCCAAGAUCGUCUAUAGGCCUGCGAGUGGCUUUUGUCUACUUCGUGAUUGGACUUGCAAGGAGUAGCAUUUGUCCAGCUGAUAGAGCUCUUGCAAUCCAUGAUGUAACGAGCGCCACCAACGGCCAGGUCACAAUCCAGCAAGGUAUUCUUCAGCAAAUUCCGUGCACUACUUUUCGACCGGGCGAGAGUGUAGCCGGUGUUCUUUGGUACCGUGGCAACAGUGACAUCGACCCUCGAAAAGAAAGACUGAUUGGGCAGAACGACAAUAGGGCAAACCAGAAGUAUGCUCUAACGUCAUACAACGGACUGAUCAUUAAAGACGUCACCAAACAGGACGAGGGGAAUUAUGUCUGCAUUGUUGUUCCUCACGAAGCGAUCAACAGAUAUAGCGUGGUUGAAGUACAUGUUAUAGAAGGCGUGUUUCAAGCCGUAGAAGCUGACCUCAUAACUACGUCUAGCUUGGCUCAAUCUUUACGUCACAGAAUACCAUGCCGGUGUGGUAUGACGUCAUCUUCAACGGUGUACUGGUCACAGGGAACCGGUGUUACGAGUGGAACUGAUAUUCUCGGUGCCAGGUUCCCCGGUGGAACUGUACUUCAGUUCCAAGGUCGAGUUGGUAUCGGUGUAGCUUCGACCGGUUCGCUAAUACUCAACUCUCUUCAAAACACCCGAGAAACUGCGAGGUUUUGGUGUCACGUUUUCGAGCUGGACGGGUCUUUGAUGAAUUGUUACGUCGACGCAAAGAUAGUGAAAGAUGAUGAAAAACCGUCAAACAAUGCCCUUCAAUCUUCAACAGAUUCCUUCUACGUUCUUAAAGGUGAAGAUCAAACACUGCCGUGUACCGAUGGACCAAUUAGCGAGCAGACAUGCGACGUACAAUGGUUUAAAAAUGCCUCAUCAGAAAUAGAACUUCUUGUGAACUAUACCGCCUUGAAUGAUGUCACGUAUGACGAUGCGGGUUUUGGUCUCGGUAGUGAUUUUGCUCUUUUAAUAAAAUCUGCAGAUGAAGAAAAUGACGGGAUAUACAUCUGCAAGAUGAAGUCUGGAUCCCAGCGUAUGGAGGUCCGAGUUAUUGGUGAUACGUUUCCACUUGACAAGGGCAACAUUUCAAGAGUUGAAGAAAUAACUUUUGAGCCUGGGCAGAAUUACACGCUAGAAUGUACGGUUGGUUUGAACACCACAAAAAGCAGAACAGCAUUUUGGUCAUUCGGUCAAAAAGAUGCAAUAAACACCACCGUUAUCGGAACAUUCAAAUCCCCGGAUAGUUUGGUGAACGCAGAGAGCAUUGGAAGGAACAGCUGUUAUAGUAUCACCGUUGAUGGCGCUCUACUGCUGACCGGCUGCCUGAUUGAUAGUGACGUCAGAUACUGGUGUCACGUGUUCCUAGACGGUGUACUGUACCGAUACUAUGUGGAUUUGGUCGUCGUACAAGAUUCGUCGAAGUCUUUCUUGGGUCCCUUCUGGAUAAUAAUCCCCAUUAUCGCAAUUGUCAUCAUCGUGUGUUUAGUGACUGUGCUCUGCUGGAAAUCCCGAGUAGUCAAACCGUCUUGCUCCAGUUACGUCAUGGUUGAUGUCGAAGAUUCUGACGCAGAGCUGAUUAGAGUAGUCAAGGACGAAGUAAUGGUGAGGGUUGCAAGAGUUCCAAUAACACCUUGGGCUACAGACGACACCCCAUCAUGCUACAAACCAAUGGUAGACGUCUACAUACCACCCCAAUUGUUCAUCAAACACAAAGCAGCCGAGCACACCAUACGGUAUCAGUUAGAAUCAGACGACCAACUCUUUGACGAUGGUAUCUCACAGUUAAAAAGUAAGCAUGUUAUCCUUGAGGGUAGGGCAGGUAGCGGGAAAACCACUCUCUUGCACAAGAUUGCGUUUGAAAUGUGCAUUGGGAAAGCCGAAGCAUUGGAGAGACAGGUUAGGUUGGUGCUGGUCUUAACAGCUAGGGUACUCCUUCAACAUGGAAAUCUUGGUGACGCAGUCUUUCAACAGUUAGGUCAACCACAACACACAAAGAUAUCGCCAAGUUCUAUCAAUUUAUUUUGCAAAAGACACACCUUGGAUGUGGCGAUUCUUGUUGAUGACUGCGAGGAAGUUGGACAAGUCUUGGAGUUUAUCAGAAUGCAAGGUCUGUUUGGUGCUUACGUCGUUUUGGCAACAAGACAAAUACGGGAUGCAGAUUUUAGAUCUGAGUUUGAUUACCGUCAUGUCACAGUCUCUGGCUUCACACCGACAAGUUCUCGAGGGUUCAUCAAAUGUGUUCUUGACAACAGCAAGAGGAGCGAAGAACUUGUCGGGUAUCUUGACUAUCAUAUUUUACCUCCCGAUGUUGAGUCUCUUCCAUUGAACCUUACGGCUCUGUGUCAGCUAUCUUUGUGGACAGACGGUGAAGUUUUCAGACGUCGCCUUAAAACAAGCGAGUUGUUUUGUAAACUGGUCAAGUGUUUGUUUGAUGGUGCUGCGUGCAGAACAAAACAACAGGGCGAUGGUAGUGGUCAAACCAUGGAAUGCCAUCAAUCAACUCGAGAUCAACCGCGCCAUGGCAGUAGUCAAACCAUGAAAGGCCAUCAACCAACUCGAGAUCAACAGGGCGAUGGUAGUGGCCAAACCAACGCAGGCCAUCAACCAACUCGAGAUCAACAGGGCGAUGGUAGUGGGCAAACCAACGCAGGCCAUCAACCUACUCAAGAUCAACAAGGCGAUGGCAGUGGCCAAACCAUGAAAGGCCAUCAACCAACUCGAGAUCAACAGGGCGAUGGUAGUGGGCAAACCAACGCAGGCCAUCAACCAACUCGAGAUCAACAGGGCAAUGGUGGUGGGCAAACCAACGCAGGCCAUCAACCAACUCGAGAUCAACAGGGCAAUGGUGGUGGGCAAACCAACGCAGGCCAUCAACCAACUCGAGAUCAACAGGGCAAUGGUAGUGGGCAAACCAACGCAGGCCAUCAACCUACUCAAGAUCAACAAGGCGAUGGCAGUGGCCAAACCAUGAAAGGCCAUCAACCAACUCGAGAUCAACAGGGUGAUGGUAGUGGGCAAACCAACGCAGGCCAUCAACCAACUCGAGAUCAACAGGGCGAUGUGAGUGGUCAAACCAACGAAAGCCAUCAACUAAGCCAACAUCAACAGAAAAUGCUGGUUAAUUUGGGAAAGAUAGUAAUACCAAGGGUUUUACAGAAUCAUGGCCUAUUUUGUGAGCUGUCCCGAAAAGAUGUUGAUCAGUUUGUUGAAAGCACGAAUAGUGCCUUUGACGAGGGUGUUAGAGUUGGGCUUCUCCGUGAGCGAGUUGGAGGUUCUGCAUCUCAAACAGAACGAACGGCUUACUUUGUCCUAGAGAUUCUCCAAGAUCUCUCUGUCGGCAUCAGUUUGACCCAAACCGAUAAAAGUCUGUCUUCCUAUUUGGAAGAAAUGGUGCUUUUUGGAACGACAUUUGCCAAAGCGUUCCUGUUUGCUGGUUUGCCAAGUCAUAAUGCUUAUCCUUCCAUAAAGGGCGUAAUAAAAAAGACACUUGUAGAUAUUACAAGCAAACUGAAAAGUCUGACACCAGUGUUUGGACAGUCCUUAGCUCCAAUUGAUCAGAAUAAGUUUUUGAAACUAAAACAAAGCUACAUGCACAUGAUUGAAAUGUGUCUCCAACUCCAACAUGAAUCAGGAGGUGGAGUGAGCUUACCGAUCAAGGUCAGAUUAUUGUCAGUAGGGAGUUCCCCUAAAGUCAAAGGCAAGAUUCGCUUAAUAGGGGUCUCAAGUCAUAAGUUACAGUUGCUUUCGUACUCUCUCACACACCUGCAGACAAAAUCGAAGAUCAAGUCCAUCAAGUUGCUUCGAUUUGGCAAACACCCGUCGAAAGAGCUGAGGAAGUAUCUGGGGGAUUUUCUUCCAUACGUGUUUGAAGACACUGAUAAAGAAACGUCCAAACUUGAGGAGACAGAAUUGGUUAAUGUAACGCUGAGUUUGUUGUUGGAAAGGUUUGAAUCUAACCUAAGGGGUGAGGUUGAUGGGAGUUCAUCUAACCUUGACCUAGACACCGGUGUCAUUCUUGCCAUGCAGUCUCCAUUUCUACAAGACGCCAUGCUGUCGCAAUCAGGUGAAUGUUGCUCGUCAACCCCUGCUAGAGACUUUGCCCAUUGUCUCCUCAAGCUGACGAAUUUGGAGGAGAUUGUCUUGAUUGGGUCGAUUCUAGACUCAAAGACCAUCUGCGAGAUGGCGAGAAACCUGAAGAAUUUCAAUCAGUUGAAGAUGCUAGAUCUUCGUCUGAACGAGAAGAUUGACGACUCUGCUUUCAGUGAGGUCACACAAUCAGUCUCUUCUUGCAGAAGCCUGGUUGAUCUUAGACUAUCUCUGUACGAGGUAACUCUGCAAGGGUACGAUGAAGUCACGCGAUGUCUUGAAAACGAUAAAAAUGGUUGGAAGAGAUUGAAGAAACUGUUUCUGCUUCACGGUAAUCAAACAGAAAGGUUUGUGGUAUUUCUAUCCGAAGUCAUGAGGUACCUGAAGAAUAUCAAUGAAUUCAACAUCGCAGCACUCAACUCGUCUGAGGAGUUGUCACAUGAAGCUAUUGCCGGUUUUGAAAGUGCUUUCAAGUCGAUGAAGAUCGGUCAGAAAAACAUAGAGAUUGAGAACAUGGAAGAUUUGAGGGCUAAAAUAAAACCGGCUUCCAAGGAUCAGAAGCAACAAGCUAGGAGUAUCGAGCCGGCAAAGGAGAGCGAAACAUGCGGUGUAUCUGAAACCUCUCUAUCAACAGAUGAAGAUUUCGAGCUUGUCGAACUACUCAACCAAGAUGAGGGUAGCACAGAAGAGCUAGAGAGUGGAGUCUAGCAAUCUAAAAAAUGUCCGCCCCCACCAAUUGUUGUUUUGUUUUAUUAUCAAUAGAAAUAUAUAAAGUAUAAUGUAUAUAGUAGACUGCUCCUACUUUUAUAAUAGUAUUCGUAAUCAUGAAAUCAAAGUAUUUAAUGUGAACUGAAUUACGUUCCGUGAUACUGACAUGUAAACGUGAGCUAAAACAUUGCGGCGCCCUUGGCUGGCUACGUAACGUCACUUAACAAUCAAAAUAGACUCGUGCAGUCGUAACAUCAACAUUCAUGUCAAUUUGUUCUUGCUCCCGCCACACAGAAACAUAAUCGUCGCUGUUUAGGUUUUGAAUGGGUGACCCUUGACCAAGUUGGCUCAAUUAAAAUCCAAGAUGGCGCACUUCAAGGUCAAAGUGGCGCAGGUGGUUAAGUAGUACACAUUGGCGCUAUUACCAGAAACAAUACAUACCACUAUCUACCACUUGUACGCUAGAUCGCCAGGUGGCCACUAUUGUGUACAAAAAAUUACGUUUAAGCAUUUUAGGUGCUACACCGUACCUUAACUUGUUCUUAAUCUAAACUUGGGUUCGAAUGUAAUUUUGCAAACAAUGUGCCUGUAUUUUACAAUUUUGUUGUUGUUUGAUGAGAUACGAAUAUGUUUUUAAAGUACAGAUUCAUGUUAAAUAGUUUGUAGUUUAAAUUUGUAUAGACUGUUAUACGUGUUACUGAUAGAAGUAUUUUUUUUUUUCAUAUUUAGCAAAUCAAACGUUCCUCCGUGACAAGAUACGACUGCUUUCUGAACAAGGGCGUUUUAAUACGUUUACAUUUUUCAGCAUUAGUAAGCAUUCAAAAUUUAUUUAUUGACGAAAAAUGAUAUCUUCCAUUUUAUUAAACAUAAUACUAUAUUUUUGAAAUGGUGCUCGAAUGUAAUUCAGCACAAAUUGCCAAAGUCAAACUAUUUCCAGCAUUUUUAGCAUGAUUCUAAUACAACCAUUGACUUUAAAACGUGUCUUCCAUUUUAAUACACAGAUAAUAUUAUAUUAUUUGAAAUUCUGCUUUAACGUAAUCCCUCCCAAUUUCCAGUGUUUAAUCAUAAUCUUUUUAACAUUUAUUUUACGUAUUUUAUAUUUUAAAGUCCCAAGUUUUGUUUUCUUAUGUUUUAAAGUUUACGGAUAUAUUGACAGUUUUAUUAUGCGCUUCCAUGGGCGUGGCCAUCGUAUGUCGUCCGAUGAUGAAUUUGUCAUUUUAUGUCAUGUACAUGUAGGUAGGAUUUGAAACCUUGCAUGGUUGGAGUACAACUUAAAGAGGUUUGCGAUAACAUCAUGUGAAUAGUUUUGAUGGUGAAAAGAACCGCUGGUAUAACUACUCCAAAAAUCUCGGGUGGUAUUCGAACCCACGACCAUUUUUCACAGAACUCGUGAAAGUACUUGAGUAUACAGUGCUAACACACAUCGGUGUAUGGUUAAAAACCAAAAUUAAUAUUAUCCCGAUGCAAAUCUAACAUCUCUUAUGACUCCUAAAUCAGUUAACAUCAGUUCUUUUCAGAGUCAACACUACUAAAAAGAUAUACCGCGAACCUUUCUUUAUUUUAUUUCAAAAUGUAAAAUGGAGACUAAUUUUGUUUUUGUUACAGUAAAAUUUUGAAUGUUUAAUAUUACCCGCGUUAAUUUCGGACAUUGUUUUUUAGUCGAAA